AUGGCCGCCGGGCGUCCCUCAGCUCCGCCAAGCAGCGCGGCCUACGGCGUGGUCCAAUUCAAGGGCAGCAGGGAGGCCUCCAAGAAGGUGAGCAGCGGCGUGCUGACUCUGACAGUAGAUUCAGUGUUUACCUGUUCUAUAGAUUCCAAAUGUUUUACGCAGCCCACAAAGCUUAUUACCCAUCAGCCUGCUAAGACAGAGUGUGGGAAAUGUUUUUCAAGUAAAUCACAUCUUGUUAGACAUCAGAGAACUCACACAGUUGAGAUGCCAUUUGCAUGCUCAGAGUGUGGGAAAUGUUUUACACAGAGCUCAAAUAUGAUUAAACAUCAGAGAACUCAUACAGGUGAGAAGCCAUUUUCCUGUUCUGAGUGUGGAAAAUGUUUUUUACGUAAAGUCUGUCUUGUUAAACAUCAGAGAAGUUACACAGGUGAAAAGCUGUUUUCAUGCUCUGAGUGUGGGAAAUGUUUUUUAAAUAAAUCGAAUCUUAUUACACAUCAGAGAAGUCACACAGAGUGUGGGAAAUGUUUUUCAAGUAAAUCACAUCUUGUUAGACAUCAGAGAACUCGCACAGUUGAGAUGCCAUUUGCAUGCUCAGAGUGUGGGAAAUGUUUUACACAGAGCUCAAAUAUGAUUAAACAUCAGAGAACUCAUACAGGUGAGGAGACAUUUCCAUGUUCUGAGUGUGGGAAAUGUUUUUUAACCCUGGCCAUGGAACUUGCUGCCUCGCACAGUCCAAGAGGCCUCCACCCUAGAGCCCUUCACAAGCAGGCUGAUGACUGA